UGAAUUGUUUAUUUGUAAGAAACGCUCAUUAGAAAGUAAUAAAUUAAAUUUAUUGUGUAUCCACGAUUAUAUGGCUUUGCAAUUUGACUUAUGUUUCGCGGGUAUCCGGAAAAGGCAUGUUUCGUCCACGAGUUCGGGAAAAAGGAGUAGGUUUAGUAGUAGUCAGCUGGAUUGGAUUGAUCGUAUUGUGCGCCGCGUCUACUUCACCCUGCGACAAGACUCGGCGAGUUUUCACGGCGCAGAGCGGUAUUAUCACUGACGGGCCUAGCACCUCUAAUUACACUCAGGAUUCCCAUUGCGAAUGGCUUAUCAAGGCAGCUAACAAAAGUCAAUACAUAACAUUGAGCUUCAUUCGUAUGGGCACAGAAUGUUCCUAUGACUAUGUUUUUGUUUAUGAUGGAGAUUCUUUUGAUGCUCCACUGCUCGGUAGUUUUAGUGGGAAAACAGAACCUCAAAACGUAACUGCUUCUAGUGGAUAUAUGUUAAUACUAUUGUACAGUGAUACAAAUUAUGUAUUAGACGGAUUCCGUGCAGCCUAUGCCAUACACAAUUGCCCUAAUAACUGUACUGAAAGAGGGCUCUGCAUUUCGAAUGAAUGUUUUUGUGCCGGAAAUUGGGGAGGGGCUGAUUGUAGUAUUGAAAUCUGUCCUAACAGUUGCUCAGGCAAUGGGGAAUGUGAAGGUGCAAAGUGUGUAUGUAAAAAAGGGUAUUCUGGUGAAUCUUGUACCUUAAAGAAAAAUGACAAAGAAGGCAAUAGUUGGCAUUGGCUCUCUCGCUCUGAAAGCGGCAUGACAAGACGGGCAGCUCACACUGCCAUUUACGUAAACCACACAGACUCUUUGUAUGUGUUUGGAGGAUAUGAUCUGAAUAAAGUGUUAGGUUCACUGGAAAUUUAUAGGUUUUCUACUAGUCAAUGGUAUGAUGAAAAAGGAAAAAUCUUGCAUAGGAAUCCAACUGAUGAAGAUCGUAACAAAUAUCUUCUAACUUUAUUUACCAAGAGCAACUUAGGUGGCAACUUACUAGUUGGAAAUAAGAAUUCGAUUUUAAAUACAGUUGUUUCAUCAUUCAUGAAUCAUGACAAAUCAACUUUACCGCUUAUGUACUCACAUAUGCCUCCGCCGUUUACGGAAACCUAUUUACAUUUUACUGAGCGACCGGAUGCUAUGUCAGAAUCGAAUGUAACUAAACCAGAACCAAGAUAUGGACACUCAGCAGCAGCUUAUGGAAAAGGCUUUGUCUUGUAUGGAGGAAAAUUAUCUGACGGUAGUUUAUCUUCAGAGCUGUGGUUGUAUGAUGCAGAACAAAAUAAAUGGUCACUAAGAGCACUGAACUCUUCGUUUACACCACCUGGCUUAACUCGACACAGCCUCACUGCCGUAAAAGAUGAACUGUAUUUAUUUGGAGGUAGUACCGUGGACGGUGAAUUUUCUGCGAGAAUGUUCAAAAUAAAAUUGGGAGAUGUGAACAACGAGAAUUGGGAGAUGGUCCAGGUGAGGGGAGGCAAAGAACUGGAUGUCCGAGUAGUCGCUCAUUCCGCAGUCUACCAUUCGCAUUCUAACUCCAUUCUCGUGUACGGAGGCGUAGUGGCCAGUGUCGCGAGGUAA